UCAGGAUCCGGAUCCAGGAAGCCAAAAUCUUGCGGAUCCAAUGGAUCCGGAUCCGGAUCCUAAGCACUGGCUGAAAUAUAGAUUACAACAAUAAAAACCCUCAAGGACCCUUUCUACAAUAAAGACUUACCCUCCUUUGACUUGUAAUGUUACCCAACCUCUAGAACACGCUUAAAUGAAUAAAGUUUAAGUCUGUAGAUAAGAUAUUUAUUGAUUAUAAAUCUACAUUCGUAGUCUGUAGAUAAGAUAUUUAGGCUGUGACAAGCAUCGUUAACGGGAUCCGGGAGAAAGCUAAUUGCAUCCAACAUAUUAUCUGAUCGACAUUAGCUGGUAAGAAAAUUGAACCGGUAUAACUAUAGUGAACUAAAAUAAAAUAAUGAAGGGCUGAGACGUCUAAAAGUACCUUAAAAAAAUGUUCUCAAAACUUAUUGAACUUCCCUCGUAUGUUAAAGUUUAUAAUUACAGACAAAAUGUAUAAUAUGAUAUAAUGUCGGAAGGAGAUGUGGGAGAUGUGGUAAGGAUUAUGCAAAAGGAAGAGGAGAAUGGAAAGGAAGAAAUGCCUUUUCCCGUAAAAAGAAAAGAAUAUGAUGAUAAAAUUUUCACUCAGAACGAUCUAGAAACUCGAGAACUAAAACAAAAUGUUGAUGGUAUUGAAGAUAUUGAAAAUGAAAACAAUUAUAAGGAAGAGGAAGAUAGUCUGAACAAGGUAGAAGAAGACCAAGACAUAGUAGAGGAUGAUAACAAUGAUAAGGAAGAUGAAGACCAAGACAUAGUAGAGGAUGAUAACAAUGAUAAGGAAGAUGAAGACCAAGACAAGGUACAGGAUGAUAACAAUGAUAAGGAAGAUGAAGACCUGGACAAGGUAGAGUGUUAUAACAAUGAUAAGGAAGAUGAAGACCAAGACAAGGUACAGGAUGAUAACAAUGAUAAGGAAGAUGAAGACCUGGACAAGGUAGAGUGUUAUAACAAUGAUAAGAAAGAUGAAGACCAAGACAAGCUGGAGGAUGAAGAGGAUGAGAAUCAUGACAGGAAUGAAGAGUAUGAUUGCUUUGAGAAAGAAGUCGAUGAAGAAAAAGAGGUGAAUGAGGAGAGUAAUAAUCAUGAGACGGAAAGUGACGAGGAGGGAAGGGAAGAGGAUCCUGGCAAGAAGAAUGAGCAAGGUAUGGAAGAGAGUUUGGACCAGGAGGGAGUAAACCAUGAGAAGGGGGAUAGCGAUGGAGAGAAAGAGAUGAAAGAUGAUGAUAUCUGGAGAGACGAUAACUCAAACCCUGAGAAUCAAGAAGUUGAAGUUUUGACAGCAGACAGGAUAUUUCUAAUCAUGAAGAAAGAAUACAGAUUAUCUCGAAAUACACGUGCACUCUGGUAUUUCUACCACAUGAACACAGUGAUUGACGUGCAGAACAGACAAGAGCUCUCCCAGUUCACCGGAGACCUGGAGGUCGUCUCCGUAAUGCCGGAGGAACCGGUUCCUGCAGAGUGGGAUUGGGACACAGGACACUUGUACAAAUAUAAGGUAACAUCUGGGACCAUGGUGACCUUCCUAUCCCAGCAGUAUAGGUUCGUCUACAUGUUGGACUUUACUCCUUCCGUUGCAGUCACGGAUAUCAAGAAGAACUGUGUACUAGUUGAUCAAUUGAUAAAAGCUUUGAGAAGAUCUCUAGAAGGGGUUAUUCGUCCCUUCACUAUUCCUGGUUCCCAGGUUUUAUUUACUCCGGAUAUAUACGUCACUGUGAUAGCUUGGACUCCAUUUCUCUGCAAUGGAGCUCAGAAAGUUCUUCAUCAAGGUUGGUUGGUGACCCCGGAGAAUCUAGAAACAUUUAUGGUUGAUGUUAAACAAGGUCUUCAUGAACUUGAAGAUCAUGUUUCUAAGAUCGCAUCGUUUGUAAUUGAUGAGCUUGAGAUGAUCAAGCUUCAGUCCGAGAGGAUCGUCGGAGAUCUUUUUGAGGAGAGUGUUGAGGGAUCACCGUUGGCUCCCAGUGUUCCAAUGGCAGCUCCAGACACAGGAUUUGUGAAUAUGGUUCAGACAGGAAUGUUAGCUCUUCAGCUCCUACCAGAGAACAGUUCAGCAACUAUACUGAUUAUCACAGACGGAGUUAUUAGCGUACCUGAUGUAAAUAUAAUGGAUGCCCUACUGAACCAACUUCGAUCCCGUAGUAUCUGUCUCUCAUUCUUAGAAGUCUCAUCCUCAUACCAUCCUCACUCAGGAUUUGGAUACUGUCCUUACAACGAGCUCAUGCAAUUUAUGUCCUUGGCAACCUCUGGGGCAUAUUUACCCCGAGUUCCUGAAGUUCACAUUGAACCCUCCGAACCUUAUCUCUACGAGAUGAACCAGUAUCAUGAAGCUUUCCUAGCCUGGAGCUUCAGGAAGUGUUUGGAAGGAAUUGAAAUGAAACCUGCCUUGGUUCCGUCCGACCUUGAUCUAUGGAGGAAGGGUCGGUAUACCGAGAUUAAAAACCAGUUCUUCACCACGGUUGCUGAGGAGGCUCUGGUGUGUAAGAAGAGGUUAGAGAUGACGGUUAACUCGACGCUUAUCUCAAUCCUAUCCUGCAGGUUACGUGAAGGAUAUACGGUAAACACCUUGGAUCUGAAGGAUAAGGAGAUGAAGGUUAAGCUGACUCUACCCUGGAAGUACCACACGUUUAUCCACUACACUAUAUCUUCUAUCUGGAGUCAGGAGGGUCCUGAAUCCACACGGUGCAGAGUAGAGGUAUCUGUUGAGGGUCCCUACGAUAUUAUUUACGACAUUGUCUGUCAGACCAAUAAGAAGUUCUCUAGUCACUACCGAACCUCUGUGAUAAAGAAGUUCUACCUGACCCUGCAGCAGCUGAACCAGACGGAUAAACUCCUGGUUCACAUCAACUCCUUUGCGUCACAGGCCAGCAACUACACACUCCCGGAUACUAUCAGGAACGGUUUACCCCUGUUCACGCUGGCUCAGGGUACAGGAGCCCCUGUUCUCUACUCCCAGGAUACAAUACCAUCCUUUGUAAACUUCUGGAGACCAAUCUUCUCUCUUGAUAUCAAUAUCUGGCAUAGAUGGAUGCAUACCCAUAGGAUUACUCUGUUACUUCAACACGACCAACCACUGACUAAACAUCUACUAAUGUCCAGCAGUACAGGAAGGUACCAUCCAGUCCUCUGUAAGAAGGCAGCAAGCAAAGUAUCUGAACUCAUCAAGAACUCGUCAGAGUUCUGUCUUCUAGAAAGCCAUUCGUAUAUUUCUUUUAUCAAGGAUGAGCAGGGGCACCCGACCUCGUUCUAUGUGAUUAAGGUGACCUCUAAACCUCCCUGUCUCGUGGUCUGGGUUGCAUUCCUAGGAGGGAUACCUGGGUCAGAGCGUCACACAAUUGUGUCAGAUCUUGUCAGGAAAUUAGAAGAACUUACGAUGAAACAACGAGUUACCUGGCGAGAUAUUCCAAUAUAUAAAAUAAAAUAUUCAUCAGAAACAUCUCCCUUGGACAUUGAUAGAAAACCUAGCUCUAGAUCCCAUGUAACUUCAGGUUCAUAUUUCCCUGAUGUUUUCUCAUGCAAUCUUCUAAAUAAACCUGUUGAGAAAAUCCUAGUCAGGUAUGAGAAUGUACCUUCGGACUACAGAAGCUUGUUGGGAUCCUUACAUACCAGAACUCAAGGUUCCUCUACAGCUCAGAAAAUGGAAAAUGAGCAGAGUAAAAAUGCAUCUGCUGCAUUCCUCACCCUAUCUAGAUACUUGAACCAUCAAAGAUGGAUCUAUUCUUUACAGAAUACUCCAAGUGUGGCAAUAUCUCCAACCGCUGUUAGUCGGAUUCUCCAAACUGUUUGUAAAGCCCGGAUACAAGAAGGGUUUACGUUUGCUCACUCUGCCAAAGGAGUUCAGAAUAUGGUGUUAGAGGUUCCAAUGUGCGCGGACGGAGAAAGUUCUCGUGAUCUAGUUCCUCAAUCUUGUGUUAUUCAAUAUAUUAUCUUCCCACCUCACACAACAACAACCAGCUCCGGAGAGAGUAUCAGUGAAGAAGAGUUUCCUCUAGGAUCUGUUAAAGACGAUGCAUCAAACGAUGCUGAUGGAGAAGUUCAGAUAGUUCUGGAGGUCUGGACUGAACCCCAGGAUGGAAUAAUAAGCCAACAUCAGCACAAUAAAUAUCUAGCAGGGAAGCAAAGUAGGGAAAUAUCGACCACCAUGUUUUCCAAAGACCUGGAGUGUAUAUCAACCUUGGUAACAUUUGAGCACCUAGUGAUGAUGUGUCAGAACCCUUGUAUCACCUCCCCCCUUACUGACACUUUUUCAAUCUCUCAUAUCUACACUAAUCAGAACGCUUUUCUGCCAGAGAAAAGUUUACCAUCAGUUGGAGCCUCUAUACACGAGGUUCCAUUUGCAUUUGAUCUGCUUAAUCUACUUCCUAAAGCUGAUCAGACAGAAAUGAUAUUUUCUCUUUUUAUUCAGAAUUUGAUUGGAGUCGUGCCAGAAAAUUCAUUUUCGUUGUUUAACUCUCUCAAGAGUACGGCGGACAGACCGAAUGCCAUGCUUUUUGAAAGUUUUAUCAAAGAGCUGACGGAGGUUUCAGACAGGGAACUAAGCCUCUCAUGCAACGACUGCAAAGCUCUUCCAGAAAUCAUUCGAAAACGUCAUACAUCGAAUUUUCAUCUGCAACCGAACCAUAAUGCAUCUGGACGGAGGUCAAUGCACUCCACCAGUGUAUCUUCCCACCAGCCUCAGAGGACCGAAUACAACUCACGGAGGUUUCCCAGUGGGAACUCUGUAACCAGCAGUCUUGCUGACACACAUAGGGAUAGUCACAGUCAACAUGAUUUUAGUAAUAGUGAGUAUGUGUGCGGAGAUCCUAAAUGGAAAUGUUUUCUCAAAGCAAUUAGUCCUACUCACAUGGUUUUAACUCUUGUCCCGGCCUCCUUUGAGGAUUUGAGAAUACUUACAAUUAGUCCUGACGUACUUGAAGGAAGCAAUUCUGAUAUUGUAGAUGUCAUCAAAGAACCAUUACCAACCUCGAACACUGAAUUGAUCGGGAAUCUUGAUGAUAUAAGCAUAAACUCUUCAAUUCCUAAUCUAGAGACGGUACCUAAGGAACCGAUGGAGUUAAGAUCUCCAAGAUUGGAAAAUCUGCAGGGUAUGAGUAGACAAAGGUCUGGAUCUGAUGUGUUUGAGAUGAACCGACCAAAAAUAGUUCCUAUGCGUAAACUCUCUGGAGAUCCUGGACCCAUGCGGGACAGAACUGCUUCUCUGGAUGGAUUAUCUCAGUUUCGUGCUAAAGCUUUGCUAAAGAAGAAGUUGAAGGAAGCGAGAGAUAGGGAUAUGACAGAUAGUAUCGAACAGAAGCUUUCAAGUCCCAUAGCGGAGGAAAAUACAAGGAGACGUCAUAGACCCCUGAGCAAGGAUGAAGUCCCAGCUGUGGAAUCCUUACAAUGCUCAUCUCCAAUUAUAUCCCUAAAUACAAGACAAGUAGUUGGAUCUUUGAGUAUCCCUAUAUAUGUUUAUGAUUGUAGUUUCCUCGGUCUAACAAAUAGUGUUAUUUACAAAGAACGAGUAGAGCCUCCCAGAAAUCAUCAUCUGAACUUUUUGUUCAAACCUGAAAUCAGGAGUGAGAAGGAGGUCAGUGAUGAUCCCAGGUUUUCUACUCAGAAAACUCCUGAACCCGAGGGACCAACCUCGAAUGAGUUUACAGAUCAUAGUUGCCAUAUUGAUAAAGAUGUAAAGCAGUGGUAUCAUGUUAUCAAGAUGAUUUACUUUAAAUCUUUUGUCAGUGUUCUUUUCCGCAGUCUGCAGCUUAAACUUCCCAUUCAUAGCUAUGAUAUUAAACAUGCUGUUGAUUAUUGUGACAAUGACACUACCUAUGAUCUUGAACUUGAAACCUAUGUGAAAGCUGUCUGCCCUCAUUUAUACCUUCAGAAAGAGAACCCCGAAGUACUCGAUAUAAAUGCGGUGAAGUCCGCAGUGAGUUGCUUCAAGCAGGAUAGCUGGCAUAAAUCGGUUCAGAAGAAGUUCUUAGAAAUUGUUGGAAGUAAGUUUAGGUCUGUGCCAGGGCUAGAGGAUAUAUUCUUCUUCUGUCCUCCUGGUCUUGACUUCGGAGAGUUGGUUAGGAUGAGUUCAAGGAGACGGGAUGAAACUAAAUCCAGCGGGAGCAACUCUAAACAUCUUAACUCUUAUCGGCCUAAAGGGGAGGAGGAAGAUGAUAAAACUAUUGAGUUUAGGUCUAACGUCUCAAACCAAAGUUUGAAGUUCAACAAAAGUCAAACGGAAACUGAAAUAGAGACAGCGCAGAGAGACUUUCACAGUAGUUUGUCUUUUGUUUCUCAAUCUGAGGAAGAAUGGGACUCAGAUGAUGAUGAGAUUGAUCGGGAUUCAGACGAGUUUUCUCCGCCGCUCUUUAUUCAGUUUUCCUUCUCUAUUUCUCAGGAGAACCAGGAUAUCAUUAGUGUCCCUGUAAGUUAUCUUCCAUCUUGUAUGUGUGAGAUAUUUCAAGACAAAAACUUGCCUGAUCCCGAGCAAGAUAUCCUGGUUGGAGCCCUGGGACUUAGGAUAGAUAUCGUAUGUAUGACACUGCCUCAAAGUGUUCGGAAUAUUACGGAGAAUGUCGGAACUCUAAGAUCUACCUCUCUCUGCUCAACCUCGUCCUUUAGAAACUCACGAAGUGCACCUGAAGAAGAUCUUGCAGAUAUACAUGAUCUCAUCGGAGAUGAUAUUGGUUCAGAGGAUAUAUUAUCCCAUCUUCCAGCCUACCAGCACAAAGCUGUCAUGGACAUCAAGGAUGAGUUGAACUGGAUGCUUAUGGACGAGAUUGGGUUUGCUCUGAGUAAAUCCUCUCCUCUCACCUACCAGACAUUGGAUUUUAUCUGUAAACACGUUCAGGCCUCGACUAGAGAUAGACCAGGAUCUAUGAUGGAGGCUGUUGAGUUGGAGUUUGUGUUUGGCAAAGAGACAAGUUUGGGAAAAUUCAAAGAACUGUUUGGGAAAAUCAAUGUUCAAGGUUUUGUACUGAAGCAGGAAAAAGAGUUUUACUAUCUAGAGCGUUCACUAAAUCUUCCUGUGGAUGAGUACUGCCAAACAGGGAAACGUAAAUACAUGCGACAAGGUAGACAGAUUCAACUUUCUCCAGUAAAGGAGACAUACAAUCAAUCAAUAGCUUUUGGGGAGGAGAAUACAGGAAGCAGACAAGAGGAACAUCUAGACUUGCCAGUUCAGUUUGAUAAGUUUGAUAAGUUUGAUAAAUUUGAUAAGUAUGAUCUAGAGCUAAAGCUUGGCCCUGAGAAAUUUUCCAAUUCUCUAGUCCUGGAUUGGAGGCUUAUUGUCAAAAUAGAAGAGGAGCGUGUUUUACUAUUUGUACAUCACAGGGAGCAAGAUUUUCCUGUCCCCGCAUGGAAAUUCAUCCAAGAGGAGUUGAAAUCUCAAAUUACUGAUCUCUGUAUCAAGGUGAACCAGGAUCUCCUGCUCCAGGAUCUAAAUGAGACUCGUCUCUGUAACCGGCUCCUGGAACCGGAAACCAACGAAGACGCAUGGAGGGACAAUGGACGACAACUCUCCAUGGAAGAUUAUUCUGAUGCCCCUUACCUGGAAGCUAACCUUAACAUGAGAUGGGUUCCAGGAAAGUUUCAUUGUCCUGAAGUUUGGAGAACCUCGUUUUCUCUUCAUCCCAGACUGAAACAGGGUCAGGGACAUAUUCAAUCCUGGGGUCUGCAAACAGUCAAAACAGUUUUACUCCACAACAUGGUGUCUAAUAGAUCCGACAUGUUUGUACACAUGGACGAUAAGAAGAAUAUUUACUACAUAAAGAUAUCUGAACAGAUGACACAAAUUUAUCCUCAUUCUGUUAUCAGCCGACAAACCUCCAUAAUCUCUAAAGAAGAAGAUACGUUCUCAAGAACGUCUUCGGUUGGAUCUUCUAAGCAAAUGAGGAAAACCUCUUUAGAUUACUACCGUGAGGAUUCGCACCACGUCACCUCAAGAUCUAACUCUGUCGGAGAGUCGGACCGGAGUAAGAAUGAAGAUCAGAUAAUUUUCAAGGUGUACGGUAUAACUGAGGUCGGGAAGAAUGUGAAGGAGGAUCUGACAGCAGUAUUGCAGAAGAAGCUCGACGACAAGGUGGUGGAAGUGAUCAGUACAAUGCUGAAGAGGAACAUAAGGUGUAAACUGGCAACAGAGGAUGUAUUAUUCCUACAGAAACCUGGUAGUCUACCAACCUCUACUCUUCAGUUUAAGGUUCAUGUACAGGCAAUGCCGUAUCUGCUUGCCAUUGUGUUCUAUCUUAAACAGAACUUAGUUCAUAACACUUUAUUUAUCCAGCCGAACUAUACUGCUGGGAACACUAGAAGGUUCAAGGAUACCAGUUCAACAGAAGAUCAUCUUCAUCCCAACUCAUUCGCCUCGGACGCAGAUGUGUUUAUUUACAAUGAUCACAACGAAAAGGGAGGUAAGAAUGGUAUUGCAUGUUUAGCAAUGUCCAUUGUGGAUGGAAAAGGAAAUUUUUUCCGUCCUUGCUCUCAUCCCAAACCUGUCAGUUCCUUAUCUUCAACCCCUCCUAAUAUAUCAGAUCUAACCGAACUAAUCCAAACGGAAUUAUACAUUGAGGAUGAGGAACCCAAGACUCCAGGCCCAGGUCCCAUGGCACUAAUCCAGUUCAAGGUUUGGGAGUCUGGUCGUGUAGACAUGUCGAAGUUAACUUCACAUCUAGAGAAUGCAAUAAUGCAUUCGCUUUGGGACGUUGUGGUAGAAUUUAAACUUUUACCAGAGCCUAUCUGUGUUGGAAUCAAUGAGGAAGACCUGGAAACUGACACAAUAACAGAUCUGAAUUCUUCAGUAGAUUUGGUAUUUAACACGUCUAUGGAGCUGGAGCAACUAAAACCAGAACCGAAGAAACUGACCUUGAAAAGGUUGAGUGAGGAAGCUAUUGUCGCAUACGGAUACAGUUCAAGUUCUAGUGUUCCUCAGAUAGUUGUGGUUGGAAAAGAGGCCAGCGAAGUUCUUGAUCCUGAACCUGCGGAUAAGGUUCCAACUCCUCUAGAACUUGGUGACCGAGGAUCAUUAUCUGUGGUUAUGCAUAAAUCCCUAUGGAGUUGGUUUGAGGUUGGGAAAGAUCUUGAAUCACCAUCCUGUCAUAAACACAGUGUCAAUAUUUCAACUAAACAUGAGUUCCCAACCCUGCUGAAGGAGCUUGCAAACAUUAUCCGUGAUACUGUUCUUGACCUAGAUGUUAAACUCUUCAAUAAACAAACUCCUAAAAAUAUUUAUCUUCCAUUCUCCACCUCUAAACCAACAGAUGAAUUCUUUAUUGUCGGACGGAAUAUAAAAACCUGGAAGCAUGUUAUUGAUGAAAAUCAGGAUUUAAACUUCUUGAAAACUGCUUCUCCUGUCAACUUACAAAAGUUUCCUUCUCUCCUCCAAACCAUGCCUCUUGGAGAUUCCUCUGUAUUCUAUACUCCAGGCUCUGGGUUGCCACAGACUCCUGUAACUCCUGGUUCUGCUAGUUCUCCAAACCUGGCAGUAGGAGGGGGAUUCUUGUCUCUCCAGGGGAAUACAGAAAUAUUCAUACCGAGGCAGAGAAUUAUCGUUGGGAAGGUGAAUAAAGAGAGCAUAGAAUUUUACUUCUACAAUAUAUCCCGAGAUUGUGUGGAUAAACUCAAAUCUCUGACUUCAGGAUUAGGAGAUUGGUUUACAGCAAGAUCCUGUUUACUCUCCUCCAUAGUAUCCCAGAAACUAGGACUCUUCCACAACCAAGCCUUCCUCCGAACCCAGAAGAAACCUCUGCGUGAACGGAUUGGAGAGCGAGGACAGGUUGAGAACCUUCUCAAGUAUAAUUCUCCGGGUGCUGUUCCAACUGGAAAAUCCAAACCUGAGGAAUUGGCUGAUUUUCAAUUUGUGUUCAGAAACGCUAAGAUAGAUUAUCCUGAUAGAAAGAGGUUAGCAGGGACGGAUAUUCUAAUGGAAGCAGAGAAACAAAUUCAUCGGAUUAAUAAUUCUGAGAGUAAACAGUAUCUUCAGGCACUCUACCAUCUCUGGAAUUCACGAGGUGAAAACUGCAGUGUUAACUACACAGAGGAUUUGAUUAAAUAUUUCAAACAAAAAUCCAGAAUGCUCCACUACGUCUUUACUCCUCUACUCUUCCUACCUCUAUGGAGGAUGAAUGCUAAUAAGACGCGAGAUCACGGAGCGGAUUCACAUUCUCCGACUACAGCUGAGGAGGAACCUUCGUCAAAACCAACAGCUAGUUCGGUUCAAUCUGAGAAAACAAGACACACCUCUGGGAAUUCAUUCCAGAAAGAGAAAACCAAACGGUCCAAGUCUGUAACGAGCCAAUCAGGAUUUUACGCCUCGAGUCCAACCGGAAAAUCUCCGACAGGUUCGCCUAAACCUGUCAGGGUAAACCUGGAUGAGAAGUUUCAUCUUGAUCUCGUCUCCAACUUCUUCCAGGAGUAUGAACAAUACCUUCAGACUCUAGGAUUUACUCUUAUAAAUAUCAGUCAUCCCAAGGCAACCAGGAAGACCCGGAACUCUAUGGAGAGUUCUGUUGACCGUCCUGUUCUAAGGAGAAGAACUGCAACAAGCUCUUCAAAGAUGAAAUCGAAGGUUGUUUAUCUUCAGAAGUCUUUGCUAGGUGGUCUUCUCAUAUUUGAGAUUGGAGUAUCUGAACCCUUCUUCUACACCAAGUUUCAUGCUCUAGAGGCACAGAGGUUACAUCUCUCCUUCUCCAAUCAUAAUAUCAGUCAUAGAAACUUCACAACAACAUUUCUGGAAGAAUGUGAUAACAUUAAACUACUGAUCCAUCUUCACAGUUUCACGUAUGAUUAUCAUCUGAGAACUGUGUCUGGAUAUAUUGGACAAAAACCUUCUCAGCUGAGGAAAGGUUUCCAUGUUGUUUCCUUCCUUGAAGAUUUCAUGAAAUAUUACAGUAAAGGUCCAAACUUUGCUCGGAAUUUUAUUCAUACUGGUGUUCUCCAUAUCAUUAGUCAGGGUGUAUCUCCCGUCAUACUGUACAACUACCUCCUCUCCCACGAGAAGCAGUACAACAUGGAGGUGAUCAGGAUGGAGCCGGUGUUCGUAGAUCCAAACUCUGAGUUUGACAAUGAGUUUAUACUUGUCCAGAUCUCGAACCAUAAAGUUAGCUACAGGGAUCACCAGGAUGCCAAGCGUGUUGAUGAUUUUGACGUUUCUCUUAUCCUGUCAUAUGAUCCUUGUCCAGCGGAUUUAACGGAAAACCAGAAGAAUGUUUUGUCUCUCAAGUACUUUGUGGUGAUGACCUCUAAGCGUGAUCUACUGCCUAUGCUUGACGUGGAGAAGAAGCAAGGGAACUUCAGAGCUGUAGUUUCUGCUGUUGUUAACAAUAGUCUCUUCAAGAUCUCUACUCCAGUCAACCCUCCCUCAGGGCUUGUUAUACCUAGAGCUCCGACUCCGCCUCUUAUCCAGGCCCUGCUUCCUUCUGAGACUGGUGGAGAACUAGAGUUGGAGAAGGGAGCUGAGGAGGAUACAGGAGGAGGAAUGAUCAAAUCUCAAAUUCUCAGAAAAUCAGCAAUCUGGAAAUUCAAGUUUCUUCUGGAAAAAUAUCCAAAAUCCUCAGAUAACUGUAAACUGACUGGGAUAAGGCGUGAAUCUGUAAACUAUGUUGGAUAUUAUUCACAACAUGAAGAAACAAUGAAGGAAGUUAUUCUCUCACAGGCUAAAAUGGCAGAAGAGAAGAUAACUCUAGUUGUCCGGGAUGCAAUGGUGGACUGUAGGAGGGAUCAACUCUGGUUAAGGUUGAGUACAAACUCUCCUCCUCUCUCAUUCUCAGAGUUCGUUCAUCUCACUACUCUGGUUCAUAGUGAAACUUUAGACGAGUUGGAUCCUAAACUGUCUCCCCUGUUGAAUAAAACUACUGGAUGGUAUCACAGUUUCUCUAAACUAGUCUGCUCCAAGUACUCUAACUCAUACAGACAGUUCUCCUCUGCUGAUGGACAGAUCCAGCAUACAGCUAUACUGUUAGAGGGAUCAUUAGGAACAUUUCCUCUGGUUUCUGUUGAUUUCUCAACAAAAGAGGGAUCUCUUGCUAUUGUGUACAGAGAGCCGCAGCACUCGACCCAGUCUAGUUCAAUCCCUGUAAACUCCAACCUUAUCAAGGACUUUGUAGAGCUCUGCUGUUUUCAUCUUUGGACUCAGCUUCUAUAGUUCCGUCAUCUUUUGCUCCUAAAGAUCUGUAAACUUCAAAGUUAGCUUUGACUGCUGAUUUCAGCUCUUGAAGUUCAUCAAAUUUGUAAGCUUUAUUUGCUCCGUUAUCUCCAUAAGCUCCUUAAACUCCGUUAGCUUUAUUAGCUUCUUAAGCUCCUAAGACUCCGUUAUCUCAAUUAGCUUAAUCAGUUUUUAAACUCCGUUAUCUCUAUAAGAUCCUUAAACUUCGUUAUCUCUAUUAUCUCCAUCAGUUCCUUAAACUCCGUUAAUUCUAUUAGCUCCGUCAGUUUCUUUAACUCCGUUAUCUCGAUCAGCUCCUUAAACUCCUCUCCUCCGGUCUUUAAGUUCCUAUAAAUUUGUUUAUGGAGAAGUAGCUGUUUUUCCUUUAGUUUUUGGUAUCAAAACUUGGAGCUUAUACGAGUUGCAUGUGUAAAGUGUGUGCUAUGUCUAUUGUCUAUAUCGUACAUUAAAAUGCUGGAUACUUCUAUAUUUUUGUAAUACAGAACUGUGAAGACUGAGAAAAAUGUCUCUUCUCCUAGUAACUACUUCCAGGGUUUAACUUCUCUAUCUUCCUAAUAUUUUCUGAUAAAUAUAAUAUUUCGUGGUUCGAUCAAUUUUUUUUAUUGAGAUUUUUUUUUUUUUAGAACAUGGGGCAUAAUUUAAUGAAAAAUUUAGUUUGUAAUAAAUAACGUAAAUACAUAAGAUAUUAUUAAAAUAUCAAGAAUUUGUUAAAUCUGUAAAUUAUCAGUUUUUUGUUUGAUUGAACUAUCUAGAGUAAAGUUCAAAUUCUUGCCAAUGGUAACGAUUAAAUGUUCGAAUAUUAAAACUCUCCUAGCAUCAAAAAUAUACAUUCAAUUCAUUCUGUUCAAGAAAGUAUAUAUAACUUUUUUACGUUAUUUGUUACCAAGAAUAUUUAUAUAUAUAUACGUAGACCGGAAGUGGGUCAUUUAAAUAUGGAAAUUUUGUGAUAUGGUUCAUAUGCUGUGAUUCAUGCUUGAUAUACUUUCAGA